AUGGACGCUCGACCGGCAGAUGCUCGCUCGGUCCAUACAGAUCAUUCGAUAGAGUCGUCCGAAUCCGACAUUCUCUUCUUCCCGACCAGCUCGUCCGCGCGCAACUCGGCCGACGUGGCUCCAGAGAAAGGAUCCGGCGACACAAUACGAGCCUCUCCCAAGCCCUACACCGCGACACCGUCGCAUCUGCGCCAUCAAGGCUCGCACGAAGACGAAGAUGCAACGCCCGACGCAGAAUCACAGCCGCUCACCAGCAACGAGCGCAGCGGCACCUCGACACCCUACCGCGACGAUAUCGCCCCAGCCUUUGUCCACCGAGUCGGUUCCAACACAUUCAGCCAGUCGCUCGAUCCACGCACCUACUGGCGGCUGGCCGAGCAAGCCUCUCACGCACCCUCCACCCGUUCCCUCGAGCGUCAAUCGGGUGGCACCCUAGCAGAACGCCAGGAGGCCUACUGGAAAGCGGGCGUGGUCAACAUCCUCCUCAUCCUCUGCUGGUACGCCUUCUCCACCGCCAUCUCGGUCUACAACAAAUGGAUGUUCGAUACCACCAAACACCACUUCUCCUUCCCACUCUUCGUCACCAGUUGGCACAUGAUGAUGCAAUUCGGGCUAUCGAGUCUCGCAUUGCGGCUGUUCCCAUCGUGCGUGCCGAGGAAGGCCAACGGCACACCGUCGAGACCAUCGGGCGCGAAUUGGGCCACCAAAGUCGUACCGUGCGCACUGGCCACCGCUUUCGAUAUCGGUCUGUCGAACACGAGUCUCAAGACCAUCACGUUGACGUUCUAUACCAUGUGCAAGAGCUCCAACCUCGCCUUUGUGCUCUUCUUCGCCUUUGUGUUUGGGUUGGAGGUCAUUCGGUGGAGUCUGAUCGGCAUUAUCGCGCUGAUCACGGUCGGAGUGGUGAUGAUGGUGGCAGCGGAGACCAAGUUCGUUCUGACGGGAGCGGUGCAGGUGUUGACGGCGUCGGCGUUGGGAGGGUUGCGAUGGGCGCUGACGCAGAUUCUGUUGGACAGGGAGGAGAUGGGCAUGAGCAAUCCCGUAGCGACGGUUUUCUGGCUCGCACCGAUCAUGGGUGUCGCGCUGAUCAGCCUGUCGGCGGCAUUCGAGUCGUGGUAUGCGAUCUUUGCGGCCAAAUCGGGGUAUUUUGACACCUGGGCCCAUGCGAUAGGGACGAUAGGGUUGAUGGCCGGACCAGGAUUCCUCGCAUUUGGGAUGAAUCUCUCCGAGUUCGCCCUGAUCAAGCGGACGAGCGUGGUCACGCUGAGUGUGGCGGGGAUCUUCAAGGAGGUCUUGACCAUCGCGCUUGCCAGCAGCGUGUUUGGCGACGAGUUGACGCCGAUCAACGUCACCGGCCUGUGCAUCACCCUGUUGGGCAUUGGCAUGUACAACUUCCUCAAGUACCGACUCAUCACGCGCGGCGCCGAUUCCGUAGGCCAGGGCAUCUCAGGACUCAACGAGCUGGGCGACAGCAUCCGCAGCCGCGCAAGCAGCAUCUUCGGCACCACCCAGCCCAGCGCUCCCAGAGACAACGACUACGAACAGGUGGGCGAGGACGAAAACAGCCUGCUCUUUGAUGAAGGGCGAGAACGCGGCAAGGUGCGGCGGAACAUGACGGGCGAAUCGGAUGCCUUGGAGCUGGAUACGCAAAGGGUCAGCCAGGAGAUCGUAGAGAGGGGGGCGAGGGUGGUCAGCGACGAGGAGAGGGAGAGGUUGAGAAAGAUCGAGGAGGAGGCGGAUCUGAGUGGAUGGGGGACGAGUGGUGAGAGGGUUACGGGCCAAGGGCUGGUUGAGGAACAUCAUCAUGCGCGGUACAGGUGA